AUGAGAGGACUGCUGCUGCUGUUCGGGGCAUUUCUGGCCUACGAGACGAGGAAGGUCACAGUACCCGCUCUUAACGAUUCAAAGUUCAUAGGUCAGGCCGUGCUUGACCUUUCCAGUGACCUUGAACCUUGGAAGGUCAAUCCGAAAGGUAUUAGCGUAUACAACGUAAUGGUAUUAUGUCUGAUCGGAGUCCCAACGGCCAUCAUGAUUAAGGACCAAUUAGAUGCAGCCUACCUUCUCAAAUCGCUCUUUACAUUCUUCGCCACCAUGCUGACAAUCUGUCUGGUGUUCAUACCAAAGACGUUGAAAAAGAAUCGCGAACCACAAACGCGAUCGAUGUGGUUGAAGGCAAAAGCAGCCGCUAAAGCUGCGUCCUUGGCUUCAAACGCAACGGCCGCAAAUGACGUCACAAAGUUGACGAGUCAACAGUCGCAUCAGCUGAUACAUUUGAAUCUAGCCAACGACGACGUAAUCAACAACAACAACAACAAUAAUAAUAACAGUAGAAAUGGAAAUAACAACAACAACAGCAACAAUAACAACAACAGCAACAGCAAUGAUGUUGAUUAUCACCAUUAUUGUUGCAACAACAACGUGGGUGUUGAACAAUUGCUUGAGGAGAAUUCCAGGCUGAAGGAAGCUUUGAAGAAGUACCGACGAAUACUCGGCGACAAGGAUUAUGACGUCACGGCGUUUGGCGGAGAUGUACCCUCCCCCCAAACUCAGUCGGAAGAUAUCGGUAGCGCUUUCGUCUACAUGUCCAAUUCCAUGCCGGCCCUGAAAAAUGACAGGAUUUAUUUGUAG